AUGCACCCCUUGAGUGAGUCGUAUGACAGUCUCCUUACCAGUCCCACUGGUGGUAAUGAGCAGCGUCAGAACACUAGCAGCUCUGUCUAUAGCCUCUACUGCCGUCUAACUCUUGGCCUACGUAAUGCUGAGUCUUGGAACUGUGUUUAUGUGCAUGGCGAGGCAAUACCUAUCUUCAACACGGAUUUAUCUAGAGAGAUGGGUUCCAAGGAACAAGAGCGCAUUCAAAAGAAGACAUUUACGAACUGGAUUAACGCUUAUCUAGCAAAGGCCAUUCCUCCUGACUACGUCCGUGAUCUUUACGUCGACAUUCGGGAUGGGGUCAAAUUGGUGCGGCUACUUGAAGUGUUGGCUGGUGUUCGUCUGCCCAUUGAAAAGCCAACAGUGAUGCAACGAGCGCACCAUCUGAGCAAUGUCAGGACGGCUCUGGACUUUUUGACAGGAAAGAGGAAGAUCAAAUUGGUGAACAUUAAUCCCUCCGACGUUGUCGAUGGUCGACCAGCCAUCGUUUUGGGUCUCAUUUGGUCGAUCAUUUUAUCAUUUAAUAUUGAUGAGAAUGGAGAGACACUUAACAAAACGGCAGAUGCUGCAGAGAUGACGAACAAGAAUCAGUCAGUGUCUGCAAACCCUCCCUCCGGGCCCACCACUCAGAGUAAAACGCCAUCCGUGACUCCGGUGGCUCGCAAGAAGGCGUUGCUUGCUUGGAUCUGUCGUUGCGUUAACCCCAACCUCAGGUCACUUGGCUUGCAAAUAAAGGAUUUUGGUUCCAGUUGGCGUGAUGGUCGUGCAUUUUGUGCCCUCGUGCACAGUAUUGAGGCCGAGGGCUUAGAUCUAGGCAAGAUUCGGCCAAACGACAAUAAGGCGAACUUAAAAUUGGCUUUCGAUGCAGCCGAACAGCGCCUCGGCAUCCCACAACUACUCGAUGCUGAAGAUGUUGACGUCGAUAACCCGGACGAGCGUUCAAUAAUGACAUACGUUGCACAAUUUCUCAAGGAAUAUCCAAGUGGCAAGAAAACGGCUAAGUUCGUGGACCAGAAAAUGGGUGGGAGUUUUGGUGGUAAUGAGGCAACAAUCAAAUCCUUGGAGACUUCUUUGGAUGCUGUCGAUUCUGCCAUCGAUCCUUCUCUGGUACUCAGUGCUUCCACAGUUUCUCUUCACAACCCAAAAUCCACUCGAGUGGAACACGUUAUCACUCCCACUCCGCUAGACGACGAGGGCAUUCGUAGCCUAUUGGCGGCAACAAGUUCAAGCCUCUUCGAUUCUGAGGGAGAAAUUGAGACGAACCCUGAUGCGGCACACUCCAUGCCUAACAUCAGAGCCAUGACUUUAUCCUCGCCUCGUCGGCAGGCCAGAGCUCGAACCUACGCCGAUCUGCGACUGGCUCGAGUAGCGAAAACGUAUUCACGAUGCCGUGCCAUCGCCAACAUUCGGGUCACUGCGGAUCGCACGGAAGAAACAAAAAAUGCCGUCAAGAUUGUUCAAAUUGAAAAUCAGGAAUUCUACCAAGCCGAGAAGCAGCAUCAAAGCCUAACAACGUGUCUUGUGGAAAUGGGCAAGCGGAAGCGUCAAGGCAUCCUGCUUGGCAUCUUACCUUCAGAAUUGGCGGAAAUUGAGGCGAAGUGGACACAAGUGAAGCCAGCGCUGGACGAGUGGCGUUGGCGUCUGGACGAUUCUUUGCCUGGCGAUUGGGCGACGGUGGGUAGGUGGCUGGGCCAUCUGGAGCGGUGCCUCAGUGCGGGUGCAAGCCUAGCCAUCGAACUGGAUGUUGCGAGCACGUCUGUAGCCGAUGUAUCCACUAGACGCUCAAGAUUUGCUGCGCAGUUAAAUGAUCUUAAGGAAAAGCUGAAGGAUAAGGACAGAAUGUCCGAGCUUUUGGGUUUGCUAGACAAGACUAACACAGAGGAUGAGCCCUCAGCCCUCCCUAUCACCGUGGUGAACGCCAUUAAGAAGCGCUUUGAAGACGUUUGCAAUGAGGCACAAGUCAGCCUACGUCGCACUAAUCGACUUUAUCUGCGUUGGAAAUUGGCCGACAACAUCGAUGACAUUGUAAAUUAUAUCAAUAUCUUGAAGAAUACACGAUAUCAUAAGUUGGAUGAGGCUGAAAAGAGUGUAGAACAGAUUCAAGAGUGGAAGAAGAGCAGAGGACUACCGCAGACGAUGGAUACGGAUAUUGCAGCAUUGGCGGAGCUCUGUAAGGAGUCGGAGAACAAAUCGAGCAAUGCUUCAGUGUCUGUGAUGGGCGAGCAACCGGGAGCGGGUUUGCUCACGAUCCAGAUCAAGGCCGGAGGAGGGACGUUAAUUAUGUGCGAUGUUGCCGAGACGGAGCGCAUUGAGGCCAGCAUGUAUCUCUCCUCUCUCCAAGUGCGGUGGGCUGAGGCGCUGGAGGAUUUACUAGCGCUGGAAAAGUCAUCAAUUAAGUUGGUGGAAACGUGGCGUGCCUACGAGACGGAAGCCCAGACACUGCAUGCAUGGAUGCAGGAAGCGGAGUCGAAGCUUAAAUUAAAGGACAUCUCCAACUCCGAGAAGCGUUUCAUUCUAACUCAAGUGAAUCAAUGGCGUCAGCGUCUGUCAGCUUUGCAGGAUUUGGGCGCCAAGCUCAUUGGACAAUCCACCAUCCCCACUGGCGAGGCCAUCAACAUCCAGUUGGCAAACAUGUUACAGCAACUUGACAGCAUCUCUAAUGAGGUUGAGAAGUCGUACCAGGCCGAGACUAUUGAGAUGUUGAAACGGGAUUUGGAUCAAACAAUUUAUCGUAUGAACGAAAUGCUACAAACAGCUACAGACCUGCUGAAUAAAGAAGUCUGCCUUCCACAGACCACCAGCAUGCAGAAGGCUGAGGAGGCCACGUCGGAGUAUCGAAAUCAACUGCAAGCCAUUAAGGAGGAUCUUCUGAAGAAUCUUCAGACCGAAUAUAACCUUGCAAAAGAUCUCUCUGAAAAAUUGCUAGCAGCUGCCAAGGCAGGCGAAAUCGAAUACUCAGAAGUGGAACGGUGUAUUCGAGAGACAGACCGUCUUCGACGUUCGCUCCAGCUGAUGGCAGAAGAGAAGAUCGAUGACCGCCUCUCUGAGUUGGCCAUGGCGAUUCGCGAGGCUGUAUCAGUGGGGGUGAGGCUUGCUCAGAUGUCCGAGUGGAUUGAAGAAACUGAGACGGUGACAAAGGCCAACUUCCCCACAGCACCCGAUGAGAUUGUGAUGGAUAGUCUCGCCAGUAUUGCACCUGAUGAGGCGAUCAGUCGACUUCAGAAAUACUGCAACAGCAUAAAUACACACACGAGGGCACUUGAAGAGGCAGAAGAACGGCUGGAGGAACUAAAGACGAAGGGCUUGAAGUCCGUCAACAUCUCUCAACUCGAGAUGGCUAUCGCGGAGACCAGAGAGCGCAUAAAAGUGAUGUUGGAGCAAACGCGAAAACGCGAACAGCAUCUGUUGGCCCAGAGACGGACACGUGAAGAGACGAUGGAAGCAGCCAAUGUUCUUGAGACAUGGUUACGUGAAGCAGAGGAAGUAAUCACCACCACCCGGGAGACCAUGCUACCCCUGAAUGCCAUGACUAUUGCAGACGCUACCCGCCUCAGCCAGUGGAGCCUAAAUCGACUGGAACAGCAGCGGAAUGCCCAUGAAGCCUUCUGUGAAGAACGCUUGGCUCAGGGCGAAGAAUUGCUCAAGAAUAUGGAUGAGUGCUUUCGAAAAUUUACUGAAAUUUGGCCUGAAGUCUCUAAUGUUCAGGAUUCGUCCUCCAACUCGGAGAUAGUGGUCUGCGCUCGAGAAGUUAUUUCUCGUGUGAAUCUUCUUAAACAACGGUACAGUGAUGUCAUUGCGCAGCUACCCCAGGCUCUGCUGGCCAUUAGAUUCGUGAUAAUCGACAUGAAGAUAGGCGAAAAGUUGACAGAUGCAUCAGAACGCCUAAAACAGGAAGAAAUGCGCAUCGAAAGUGGCGAGGAGGUGUCCCUCAUUCUCAGUGAACAUGAAGCCUACUUUCUUGCACCUGACUUCAUUGAGGAACUGCCAGCAAUGAUAGUUGAAAUGGAGCACAUUUUGGAGGACCUGAUCAAACUUGAGCCCGACAUGGCGUCCCAAUUUGCAAAACGCACGGAGGUGCGAGGAAAAACUCUCUUCCAACUGAAGAAUCGCGCUGAACAUUUUGCUUCAAAUAUGCGUGAUCUGCCAGAACGAUGGCUCGAUUUUGACUCCAAACUUGGCGGUCUCGAACAGUGGGCAAGCGAACUAGAAAAUUUGGUAAACCAACUCUACUCAGAGGCUCUGCCGGGUAAUGAAGACAUGAUGGAUCCCAAUAUGGCUGCUGAGGUUGCUCAACGAUAUCGAGCCAUGCUGAAGAAAUUUGGGGAGAUGGUCAACUCUACCGGUCUCAACAUCUCCUUAGCAGAGAGGUUAAAUAAGAUCCUGCAGGAUCUUAUUGCUGAGGGUGGUCUUUCACCCUCGGAAAUGGCAAAAAGACGCGCCUCACUGGCUCGUGUGUUGAACAGUCUGCAUGACAUCGAGACUCUCACGCCCAAUGUGCUACAGACAGCUGAAAAUCUGGUUAGUUCGCUGGACAAUCAGGCGUCCAAGGCAAGCAAGCAGGAUCACUCAAAGCGCAUCCGAGCUCACAUGGAGGCGAUAACAAGUGACCCCUCCACAAAGGCCAUUGACUCGGAUGAGAUGCGACGCCUGUUGGCAGAGCGGGAGGCACUGAUUGCUAGGGUCAAUGAGGAGAAGAAAGCUUCCCUUGCCUACCUAAUGCAAAUACCCACCUUAAACACCGCUCAUACUUCUCAAAUGCCUCCUGUAGAGGAGCGCUUCCUCCAGAUCUGGGAGGAUGCCGAUCGGAUGAUGGAAGAGAAGGCGGCGAAUCUUCGGACAGCUACCCAAGCCACUGAGGAGUUUGAAGAGGUGCGAAAUCGUCUCUUCGGUCUCAUAGGAGAUGCUCAAUUGCUGCUAAGGUGUUCCACUGAUAAUGUACACGGUUCUAAAUCUACUGACCGUGCACCAGUUUACUCCUAUGAGGCCUUUGCAACUCUCGCCGACAAGGAGGUUGAACAUCAUGACAACAUUGAAAACAUCGCCACAUAUGGACCUUCAAAGAUUAACGAACAAACUGCCGCUAUACAGGUGCAUCUAAAGUCGUUGGAGAAGGCAGCGGCCGAUAUCAUGAAACUGCGUGGGGCUGCUGGACUAAUCGCUGAACAAGUGGGUCCUGAAAAGUCAGCCGAGCUUGAGUCCAUUAUUAACCAACUGGAAAGGGACAUGACUCUCACAAAAUCUGCCCUGAAGGAAAGACUAGCAGCUCUGGAGAUGGCAAAUUCACGAUGGAUGAAUAUACGUGAGCACACUCAACAGUUAGAGGAAUCUCUAGAAUCACAAGAAAGAACGCUUGCGGACCUGCGAUCGCAUAUUGAAAUCGCUUCGUUGGAAAACUGCAAUGAUGGUUCUAGUGCUUGCAAUGCCUAUCGAAAAUACUUAGAAACGUAUGCACAGUACUUACAAAAUCUUCAGUUUGAUGCAGCUAAUUUGGGAGCAGAGAUAGGCAAUGUAGAUUCUACUUUGGCUGCAUUGUUGACGGUAGAGAGGGUGGAUGAAAAUGGCAACCUUGUGACGGAGGCAUUGGAGAACGUCGACCCUGAGGUCACUGCUGCUCAGAAGAAUUUGAGUGCUCUUCUCAUUCGUCAAAGGGGGAUCAAUAAGGCAUGCCUUUCCUUAGAAAAAAUAGUUACUUUGACACUAACGGCUCUUGAGGAGUAUUCAAAAUUAAGCAGUGCUGUAGAGGCUUUCUUAGACCGUGUUGAGGCCGCCCGUAAUGUGGAAUAUACCUUCUCUGACCUCGAUGAGGUGAUGGCGGUUAGGGAGCAAUUGAAAGAACUGUUAAAGAUGAGACAGGCGGAGAUUGGCAGUGCUGCGUGGAGGAUGCGUGAACUUUCCCCAUUCUUGAAGAAAGUUUCGCAGGCUGCUGCGGCAGAUGCCAAAUUGUUGCAAAGUCUGGAGGCAGCUGAUGGAUGGUUGUCGACGCAAACCUCAUACAUAGAAGUCCUCAUCACUGAUUGGUGUAUGUGGUCCAAUGAGAUGGACAAGAUCGCAGCAGAGCUGCAGCAAUUGGCUGAUAAUGUGGAGCGCGUGGACACAGACGCUGCUGUGGGCACAACACAGCGUGCUUACCAAGCAGCCCGUCAAUUGGAGCAGGUGCAACUGUUGAGGGCGCGUUGGAAGGCUUUGCGGCCACAGACGGAGACAGUGCUAACCCUCCUCUCGGGUAGUUCUAAGGGUACCCAUCUCACCAUGGAGUCGGAACACAUUGUCCCACGACGUUACACCAAGAUGGGAGAUCAGAUACGAGAUGUUUUCGCUAUUCUACAGGACACAAGUACCAAGUUGGAGGGGCAGUUGAAUGCACAGGACAAAUUUAUCAACGAUGUGGAGCAACUCGUUCACAUGGUCUCCAUGGCUGAGAAGCGACUAGCCAAAGUGACCGGAAUCUGGAUUCCCUCGGCACCCACUCUUUUGGCUCAUUCUACUCAAUCCACUCCUCAACUCCAAUUCGACGAUAAUAAACCCACAAGGGAUUCAGAUUCGGCAAAUGAAAACGCACUUGACAGCUGCAUUAACUUAACAGAGGCAGUUACAGAAUUAAAGUCCCUUUUCAUUGAGAUAACUGGCUCAAUACGUGCAAACAUAGACUCCCUCAUAUCGCAAGCUAAGCAAUUUUAUGCUGAAGAAGCCACUGUCCGAGAUCGACUACAAUACUUACUACGAGAAAUGAGCAUUCUUGCAAUCCGCACACUGAAACGCCAGUACAUCUGUGAAGUGAGUCUUACCUACGAGCAAAACCGGACAAAUUGGGUCAGUAAACUGCGUGGGCUCCGAUUGCUGCAGAGACAGCUGAUACAAACCGGGACCAAUGUUGAAAUUCUCACUGAACUCCAUAAAACCGAAGAUGCAUCCAAGCCUUUGAAAGUACUUCCAGUUGACAUGAGUUAUCAGGCUGAUUGUGAUAAGUGGUUGGAGACUCUCAAUGAGGCAAAAGUUCAAAUUCUGGGUUAUAAACUGAUCGCAGACGUUCCAAAAGUUCCAGAAUACCUUCUAAGCGUUGAGGAGGAUAUCCAUUUUGAGCCGGAGUACACGCCGCAGGAAUUGGACACUGCAUCGAUUGUAGCAGGCAUCUUCUUUGUGACAGGAAGACGAGAUGAGUUGAUGUCUGCCACUUCCUCCUCGCGUGAACCCUUUAGCUUCUAUGUGGAUGUGGGUCGUCUCAUAAGCGAUUGUGACCGUAUGAAGACAGGCCUGAUGGCCCAUUGGAACUCCCUUGAAGUCUACUGCACCAACUGGCUCCGACUUGUGAGAAGAAGUGAAGAAUUAAGUAAAAAUACUGCUGAAUUUUUGGGAAAGACGUUGUCUUUGAUGAAAAGUGCUGUAGAUCUCACAGACACACGCCUAGAAAGACCAGGAAAUCACAAAAGAUUAGACGAAAUCAUUAUCCAACUCAGGGAAUGGCAGAAGGCUUUUGAAUCACCAACGGAGGUUGAAAACUUGGCUGAUCUUCCACUCGUCUCUUGUGUACUUGAAUUGCAAGCAGAUGGAGAGAAAUUGAUCGAAUCAGUAGCACCUCGAGCUCUGGCAGUCAGAACCCUAUUGGAUGCUAACCGAAUGGUUCUGUUCAAUGCAUCAGUAAAGCUAUGCGAUUUUGCAUAUCGUUUGGAGAGGCUAGUCAAAGCGUAUGACAGUCGAGAGACGGCAAUCAAGGAGGUAAAUAAGAUUGUGAAGGAGGUUGAACAGGAAGCGGGAUUCAGAUCUGUCAGCAACUUGGCUGCCAACUUACUGGGCGUCGAGGUCUCCUCAGAAAUAUUGGCUGCUGAUGAACUGGUUGGUACUAGCAAUCUCAAAAUGGAGUUGUCUUAUAAGUCGGAUCUAGACAGCCUUUUGCGAAUGGUUACGUCCUCUCAAGAUCUCUCUACUUUACUUGGAAGAUUAUCGAAAGCUCGUACUUAUUUGAGAACACAUUUGCCAUCAAAAAUGAUGCAUCUACAGCAAGCUAGCUCCGCAGCUAUUUGCGCUUUUGAGGCGAUUGUGAACGAGGACCAUCCAAAGCCCAGUCUUGAAAGAUUAGCAGACGACAAAGUGCGAAACGGGAUCGUUACAAAGUGUCAGCGUCUCUCUGACCUUAUGGACGAGGCCAUAAAGAAUUUUGAGAAUAAGCAUCAGGCGAUGACCUUGAUUGAAAGCAAUAUCAGUCAUGUUUGCACGUGGAUGGAUGAACUCCUCCCCAGGGUUCAAUCAGCAACUCAUCUCCUCUCCGUUUCUGCCAACGAAUCCGCCAUCCCUGAGGCAGUCCAAUUUGCAGAGACGGUUGAGGAUCCCUCUGAUCUGCUGGAUGUCUUCAAUGCAGAGCGGGAACACUACGCGAAGAUAAUUGAGCUAACCCAAAUAGAAGUGGAUUCUGACAGUGAAAUUCUUUCUUCUGUCUUCGAAUCGCAGCUGAAAUUCAUUACAACACGGUUCGGUGAUCUAGUUAGUGCUGUUAGUGGCAUGGAGGACCUUUGGUGUGCCUAUCUGGACCAAGACAAAGCAGUGAAUCAAGAACUUUCCCGUGAAUCAGAUAAUCUUAAAGUACUUACUGAUCGAUUGGAUAAAAUCAACCUUCAAAGUGGACCCGUUCUACUGUUGUCAGCCUCAACUAAGGAACGUACAGAUGCAAUGCAACUUCUAGCACAAUCCUUUGAAGAAACCCAGCAGAUACGGAACGAUUAUAUUGAUAUGAUCACACGAGUUGAAGCUCUUUCUAAUCGCUGUUUUAAUCGAGACACCUUCAGAAUGCGUUUAAAACGAAGAAAACUGCUGAAAGAUCAAAUGGCUGAGGCAGUAGUGAAAGAGCAGCAAGUAAAGGAGGAGGAUAAGCUAGAGGAACAGCCGGACAGUCUUUCUAAACACUGUGCCAAUUUGAGUUUUAGACUGGCCUCUGUAGACACAUUGAUUAAGCGGUGCGCUGAGGGUAUAGGCAAGCGAAUGAUGAAGCUCCAGACUGACUCUGCUAACGUCUGGUCAAGUGAAUUUAAUGCUCUCUCGGAGGGUGUGGAAAAAUUGAAUAGUUUCGCGGAGCUUCCGCUUCUUCUUAAAUCUGAUUGCCGUGAUGCCGUGUCCACCUUCUUUGCGGAGCGAAAGCAUGCUAUUCAGGAAUUUCAGAACUGUAUUAAUAACCUGGAAACAGAGUUAUCGUGUGCUGUUGGCCUCUACAAGACAAUUCAACGCUUGUCUCACUAUGAGCACGGCCCUGUGACUUCCAACACAGGUGAUGAAGUGAACAGUAGAAAGAACAGGUCUAUGCUUGUAGCGCUGAGGCAAAAUCUCAUCGAAUAUGCAAUACAUGUGGGUGAAAUGGAGUCUUUUCUGUUGGAGGUUUUCACAUCCAUAUCACGCUUAGAAGCUGCCUUCUCUGAAAUGGAUAAGCGGUUUUCAGUGAUUCUCACCGCCUUGGAGGAUUCAUUUGAUCUGCCCAAAUGCGAGACUUCUCUUGCUCAAAUCGCUUCAAUCAAGAGCGAUCUGGAUCCCAUACGGUCGGAGCUUCGUUCGCUCCAGUCACUUUCCGAUCAGUUGCACGUCGCAAUGGCAGCAGCUACAUCGAAAGGCAUUUCUCUUAUCUCCAUCCUUGACACCAACACCAAACAGGCGCCGGCACCAUCGCAGGAAAGCGUCUCUCACUUACUUCCUGAAAUUGCUUGUUUCGAUAAAAAACUUCGCUGGAUAGUGGCCACCUUGGAAGAAGCUAAUGGUCUCAUUUCAGCUCUUACCAAUGCCUUCAAGCAUCAUGAAAACAAAGUCACAGAAGCGCGCACCUGGCUUCAUCAAUCCGAAAUUUCGCUGAAGUCCAAAUCCGAAGAAGUUGACAGCAUUCGUUCUCUUGACAAGGACGAUGUUGAAAUGCAUCUUAUGCUGAUUCAGAACCUUAUUUUGAGUUUUAGCGAUGGGAAAAGGCUUGUGGACGUCGUGGAGUCUGCGACGACAGAUCUGAUUACAAGCGCUUCGGAAGUGAAUCGUUGGGUGGGAAACUUUCGACAAUCUCCAUAUUUUCAUUCCGCAACUUCCCAUUUUGCAUCACCUCUGUCACAGUUCCGAGAGGGUCUGAUGAAUACGAGUCAACAAAUUAAGGAGGAUCUAUCGACGUAUCUCAGUCUUUUAAAUGAAACAAAGGAACGGACUGAGAUUCAAAUGGCCAAGUGUUCCACCUUCUGUGAUAACUGCUCCCGCUUCAUUGAAUGGCUCACUAAUUGUGAGACAAAGUGGAAUGUUCCGAGUGUUGGUGAAAGUGACAAUCCUGUUGUUAAUAAAGAUAUGUUUCUUUGGGAAAAGCAGACCUUGAGCGCAACUUAUAAAGAAAGGCUGACGGAUAUACAGGUGCACGAGUCCCUUCUAAAGGAGUUGUUUGGGUCAGCUGAACUUGAUUAUGCAACAGAUCAAUCUUCAGUUGACGAUGACACUCCUGCAUCGAAUGCUCGCCUUCUUGACGCACGAAAACGAUUACAAUGGCUUCACCAAUGUGUGACUACUCGUUUAGCCUUAAUUGAAGAGGACAUUAAGAGGACAGAAGAAGUGGAGGCACUGUCACAAGCUUACCAACGCACUAUUGAAAGCAUUAAUAGGCGCUUUAUCACGGCGGAAUGGGACAUUGUGGAACUAGCCACUUGGGAAAAACUCAAACCUGUCACCUCUGAGCCCAUCCUGGAGAUGCUUGAAGAGGUGAUGUUGCAGCUUCCCCACAAUCUCAAAACACUGGUAGAACUCUCACACGAACUUGAAGCAGCAAUAGAAAAUGUGGUCGACACAUCCAGUUCGCCUCACCAAACUGACGAGGCUAAGGAAAUGCUUGUGAGACUAAAAAACUUGCAGAUUUACACGGAAAAGUACAUUAAAAUAUGUCUUGUACUCUCAAAUCUCUAUCGAACGCUGUCAAAUGACAUUGACAAAUUUAAAACACGAAUUUCCGAGAAGGCCUACAUCUCUGAAUUAGUCUCCCCUGAUGUGUGUCGAGUGACUAAUGAGGAGUGGGCUUCCCUUCGAAACGAUAUUCUCGUUGAACAGUCUGUACUUUGGCAAAUUGAAGAGGAGCUUCAAAGCGAGAGUUUUGAGAACAAGUUCAGUGUCACUAAGGCUGCGUUUGAUGAGUUUUUGAGUGCCAUAAGCGACGUGGCUCAAACCUCGACCUCUCAGUGUUCCGCCGUUCGUCACUUCAAGUCGAAAAUGGAGGAAUUGCGACAAGUGUUUGACAAUUGUAAAAAAACUGUUACAGGCUAUCAGCAUGGCCUGGAGAUGCAACUGAAUAAAGGCGACCUCUACCAUGAUGAAUUGAAUAUGUGUCAAAAACUUCUUAACGAAGUUGAGAUAGAUUUGGAGGAGGUUUUGAAUACAGCUUACCUCCGAGGUGAUAUUAAGACUUGGACCACGGAUACACAGGACCUGGUGCACAGGGUAACGGCAAUCGAGAGGCGUCUAUGCGACUUUCAGACUAAAGAACUGGAGGAUUUGAUGGUCAUCUCGCAGUCUAAUGAAGAAUUUUUGCCACUAGCAGUACAGGCCACUCAGGAUCGCUGGAGUGACCUGGUUAAUCGGGCAAUGGCUGCCCGGGGAGCGGCUGAAUCAGCACUCAGCUCCAUUCAGGAAGCAGUCGAUGCAUUUCUGAAUAUGAUUACCUGGAUCCGCGAGACGGAAGAUAAGUUGAAUGCGAUUAUGAAUACACCCACGGAGGAAAAAAAUAGGGCUCCUACAGAAGGUGAUGAAUCACGGUUCUUGGUCGACGAAUGGAGUAGCCUCGUUGAUACCAGAGCUUUACGGCUCCCAAAGCUGACGAAACUUCACUCUGAAUCAGUGGCAAGAAGGAAGAUGGUGCUUUCAACUACGGAAGAUUUGGGCAAACUAAAAGGAACUCCUCCGUCCAAGGCUGAAGCUGCAGUGAUUCGAAGUCUGGAGCUAGAAUUAGCCGACGCCUAUGCUGAUCUGAUCGACCAUUGUCAAACUGCGAUCAGCGGUGAACAAGAGGUUCUCAGGACCACACAGGCUGCUCUAGAGGAUGUAAACUCGGCUCUCAGCGCCACGGAAAAGCUCUCAGAUCGUGCCACUAGCCUCCUCUUUCGUGACGACUUAGGUACCUCACUGGAAUGGCAGCAGACUUGUUUUAACGACUUCAUAAAUAUUGAAGCGGCCACUGUCCGUGAAUUGAUUAACCGGUCGAAGAAAUGGGUUACUUUGUUACCACAACCUGAUGGACAACUUGCAGAAACGAUCAACUUGCAAUUGAUGGAAGAGCUGGAGAAAAUUGAGACUAAGGUAACAGAGCGAGUACAGAUAUUGGAGAAGCUUUUGCACAAUCUCUCCGAAAUUUCCCAAGGAAUUUCUGCUGAAGAAGCCUGGCUAUGCGAGCUCAGCACAGCCAUGAAUCCAACUCUUAGGAAUACUCCAGAUACCUUGGAAAAGAAACGUGAAAUGGUACAGUUUUUCGAGACUAAAUUGGGUGAACUUGAUGUCCAUAUGGAAUCCGUGGGGCGCAUCUCCAGCGCUUUGGAUAAACUAGCAACGAGUGAUGCUGUCGCUAUUGCCAUACCACCAGAAUUUGUCUCACAGGUGCAAAAUUUGCGUCAGAGUCUGGCACUUCAACGACAGACUGCCGAUAAACAACGAUCACGGUGGCUUCAGGUGGUAGAUCAGCAUGUCAACUUCAUCCGUGACCUUUUCAGCACUUAUAACUGGACAUUCUCUCUUGCUACCGAGUCCAUGAGAUGCUGGAAUAUCUUUCAAGAUGUCUGCAAGUCGACGCCACCCAAUUCCGAGAUGAUUUCGUGGAUCAGAGAGGCUUCCAUAUGCGUGUUUAGAUUCCAUAAAAUUUCGAGUGAGGUCCAAAGACUAGAUGGAAAAUUUGCCCUCGUUUGUACAGUAGGGAGUGGAGAGGCAAGCACAAGAAUGGGUGCGUGCUUGAGGAAUUUGGAGAAGUUCUUAAAGGCAUCUGAACAAUUGGAGGAAAGGCGGCAGUUGUUGCUGGAGAAAAUCUCCCAUCAUGUGGACGAAUUUAGCAGAGGCGUCCAAAAGUUUUCGCAAUCGGCUGAGGCGUUCUCUACUAGGUAUAACCAAAUUCUAAGCGCUUCCAUUGAGCCCACGAACUCAGUGUUGCACGUAUUGUUAGAGGAUGUUGAAAGUAGCCUAUCACUGGAUUUAGAUAGUCUGGAAAAAGAAAAGGCUGCUAUUCAAGCUCUUGCUGUGGAGGCGUGUAGUGACGAAUUUACUCCACCCAUUUUGGAACCGCUGGAGGAAGAAGUAGAAGAGGAUGUCAAGUGGGAGCAAAAGUCAAUUCAAAAAACGGCAGAUCCACCGGAAAAUCGAGUACUGGAUGCGGAUAAAGUGCUCGGUGAACUGACUGAAGCCAAAGCUUUACUAGUCGUUUCACUUACUAGCCUAAACGAGGCGGCGGAUGCACUUGCCGUUGCUCGAAAGCAUCAGGGUCAGGCACAAAAAUCUUGUCAGGAUUGGCUUUCUGAGGCUUCAAAACAAUUGGAAACUUGUAGAGCUUUCCUUCUCGAACAAGCAUCUUCUCAUAUGGUGUCUCUGAAUCAGAGAGUCAACAGUCUUCAAAUGCGACAAGGGAACUUAGAGGUGCUUUUGGAGUCACACAAGGAAAACAAAUGUCGGUUUGUCCAUGCAUCAGAAGCUGAAGCUGAAAUGCUUAACUGCCGCACACGAUUUCUACAGUGUCUCAAAGAAGAAUGUGAUAGAUGCAAAAUUGUCCCUAAUUCUUCCCCAGUCGACGACCGUUUGGAGGCCACCGCCCUUAAUCAUGCUUGGGAGAAUCUUGUCAGUGAGAUUCAGACUCUUCAGAACUCUAUGUCAGAUAACCUAGCAAGGUGCAAGGAGGCUUCUGAAUGUAUCGUUUGGAUGGUAGAAUGGCUAAGGAGCCUUGAAAAGCGUAUUCGUAUGGAGGAUGUUCCACCCAUAGGCAACUUCAGACUCACUCUCACCCAUCGUGAUCAUUGUCUAAGACCCUAUCUCGAUGAAGUCGAAGUGGUUAAAAAAGCUGUGAAUUCACAACAGGAUGUUAUAAAGUCUUGGCAGACAAUAAAUGAAGAAAUCUGCACUAGGAGACUUGAAUUUGAUGAGAAGGAGAGAAAGAUCUCUGCCUUCCAAUCAGAGGCUGAUUUGGUUGCCCAAACCCUUCGACCCCGUCUUGAUGCUGCAAUGGCGAUGGCAAAGAAUUCACUUCAACGAAACGUUCAAGGUCUGGAUUCCCUCAAUGAAGUUUACCAAAAUCUAGUGGCCUACAACAGCUGGAUCGUCGAAGUCCAGCAACGAGCUUCUGCCGAAAACACUUCAAUCCCACAACUCUUUGGUCAAGAAGUGGAUAGCACACUGGAGGAGGAUCAGAAGCGUGUCGCCUCUCUCAUCAGUGCGGUUGAGCAUUUCUCCACUGAAUGUCAGUGGGCUGGGGACAACGUCUGCCCCCUGUCUGCCGUUUGCUUCCUAUCCACUGACCUGCUUCCCCAUCUCAAUGUGGUCUGGCAGUCUAUCCGAGCUGAGGUCCAAAUGGUGAGGCAGAAGCACCAGAACGACACUGAGGCACUAGCUGACUUCUCUUCACGUUUAAAAAUUCUUGAAGCGUGGCUGGGUGAAAAACAGGAGCUAUUUGAGGGCAUUCAAGGGGAGAUAGAACACUUCAGCAGCCCUUCAAUUAGUACUUACACUGAAGAGUUGGACAAACAGAUUGCUCAACUGCCUCCAGUGGAGGCUGCUGUUGAAUCAAUAGCCCUUUACCUUAAGAAGAAGAAAACACUGGUGUCGGACGUUUCUACCCUCCUCAAACACCUAAACGUAAAGAAUCGUGAUUUUGACGUCUUGCGGGAGAGACUUCAAGAGCUCACUGCGCUGAAUAUCGAAGGCAUCUCGCAGGCAACUUCAGAAACUGAUGAGCUAAUGGGAGGAUACUGCGACUUGAAGACGAGAGUGUGCCAGCUAUCGGAGAAAUCGAAGGAAAUCUUGUCCCACCAUCAGAAAUUGAUGGAGGCAUUAAGUGCCGAUCAGAGGUGGCUUGAUGAAAUUAAACGGGCCCUCCUCAAUUCGUCUGAUUUCUCCGGUGAUCGCUACGCACUGGUCACUAGGAUGGAUUGGUUAAAAAAUGUUGACACGGUGUGUCAAAAGGGCAAUAGAAGACAGGCUGACCUGAAGGAGGCGUGUGUUCGUUGUUUAACCACUUCGCCUUCUGAUCUCGCCCCAGCCUUGUUGGCAGCCACGAAUAAACAUUUAAGCGAAUUUUCCAACCUCUGGGAAAAAAUAGUCACUACACACACCCUCUAUACCUCAAUUCUUGCGGUUUGGGGAAAGGUAGACAAUGCAGCAGCAGAGUUUGAUACAAUUUUUCAACGUUGUCAGGAGUCUCUUGCAAACUACGAAGUGCCUUACUGUGUAAAUUCAUCCGACUUUCAGACCAAAAUAGUCGUACUUUCUUCCACACUUGACGUACUUAAUGGUGUGAAUGAUGUGGACUGCGGUGCAUCAGGCCUCAUGCUAGAGGCUUCAGCGCUCAGAAACAAGUUAUCACAACUCUUUGAGGACUAUACGCAACUAAAAUCCAUCCUCACAGCAAUCCCAACUGAAGAGGAUCCGAGUUUGAUCUCGACGAUCGCUCAGCGAUCCAGCGAGAUAAAACGUCUUGGCCAAACCUUACAGCAGAAAAUUGCUACAUGGCAGAAAAUGUCUGAUCAAUUUAGUGAUUUUGUAAAGGAAAGUGAAUCGCUGGGAAAAGAAGUCAACGAGUUCGACAAGCAGGUGGAAGCCCUUGUUAAGGAUGAAGAAUUCGCCACCUCAGUUGUUGCUGUAAAAGAUUUGAUUCGAAGAUGCGAACUGUGUAUGGAGAGCCAUGGCAACUUUGCAGAUGCUUUAAGGAAGCUGAAAGGGAAACUUUCUCCACUGAUACCUCACACGAGCAACUCAAUCAUUCUUGAAUUGCAAGGAGCGCUGACAGAUCACUUGACACAAUAUACCUCCACCCAACAAGUCGGCAGAUCUCUAAUCAAGCGAUCUAAGGAGAGGCUUGACAUCGAUAUCAAAAUGAAAGCUGAUUUGGGACGUCUCAGUGCUGCACUUUCUGACACUGAGAAAAUUCUUGUAAAAUUAACUACUCUUGGCCGUCUGAUACCACAAAUGUCAUUCCCAAAUUCCCUCUCCCUCUCAACCUUGCCGUGUUCAGAGAUGUCUUUCAGUUUUGUCAAGUUUUCAAAUGCUGUUUUGGAGUACGUAAGCAAGCAGAAGCAAUCUGUUGUUAACCAUCAUGAGCAGGUUUCCAGAUUUCAGGACGAAUUAACUGAGCGGAAGAAAGAAAUUCACGAUUUAAUCAACCAAAGUAUGCUUGAAGAUGAGGAGUCUAAUAUUACAAGAAAUGGCGUGCAAGAUCGCCUUGACGAACUUAUGGAACGAGCUGAGCAAGUGAAAAAAGACGACAGUGCAUGUGAAGCCUUUAUUCUUGAGAGUAGCCUGUUGAUAACCAAAGUUGUCAAUGAACUUGGCUCUUGUAUAGACACCUUUGUGCAUAAGGAGAGUGAUUCUAGGCUAGUUUCCGAUAACUUCUCGACCAAUUUUGAGAUACAACUAACAAGUUUAAAUGCAUUGUCGUCGAGCUUGAACUUCGAUACCCCUCUACUUUCAUCGAUUAAAAAGAUUCAUAAGCGGCUUCCAACAGACGAUCAAGAAUGGAAGAACUAUAUGAGUUUGUAUGAUAUGCUACUAAUCGAAUUCAGUAGCCUCCAGCAAAGGGUGGAGCAUCUCAAAGCUACGCUACGGGAUGAAGUUAAUGAAAUGAAUCGGGUAGCAGAUCUACAAAAACAAAUGACUGAACUUCAGUCAGAAUAUGUGGCCAGACUGUCACAAAUUUCGGCCUACGUGCAACAGACGUCAGCAUCACUCGAUUUGGCGUACGAUGAAAAAGUGUUGUCUCAACUCAACACUCAUUUAACAUUGAUCAAGUCAGCAAAGGUAGAUUUGAAAUCUGCAAUCACUGAAUACACUAACAAAGCCAGCGUUCUUUUAUCUGCUCUCUCCGAAUCGGUGAAGUCAUAUUCCUCUCAUCGAAAUCUACCCGUAGGCAUGUUGGUCGCUCGUAUAGAAUCCCAAAAAGGCCACUUUGAGGAUGCUGAACGUCAGGCAGAAAAGGUGGAAAAAGAGAUCACUGAGGAAGUAGUCCAUUGGGAUGAAUUCCUUGCACAGUUGAAGGCAUUCCAGCAGUGGUUGUGUGCCCGUGAUGUGGAGUUAGAAGCAGUCUCAGCUGCGGAAACCCUUGCUGAACGCACUAGUGGAUUGCGUAAUCUAGAUGAGAUUGUGCAAAAGAAUGGAAGUCCAAUGCUUGACAAAGUUACCGCUUGUGGUUGUACGCUACGGUCUCUUCGGCCUAACCUGGCUGUCAUUAAAAUUGUCACUACCUGGAUUACUGAUCGUUAUAACAUUCUAUUAAAAGAGGUGUCUGAACGGAGAAAUAGAUUGAAAAAUAUGAUCUUAGCCGAGGAGCAGUUGGACAGAUCUGCCACUAGCUGUUCUGAGCUACUGGAUAGUCAAGAGGCUCAGUUCGCUGAACUUUGUGAAAAACCUUUUUUUGCAUCAUCUGCUGUCACCACGGUCGAUGAUAUUGGAGAAAGAUUGCAAAAAUUGCAUGAAUUCCUGUCCCAACUGGAAGGUUCAAAGUCUUCCCACCUGGUCCCAUUGGAUGAACACAUCCAGACAGUGAAGAAUCAGUUGAAGCUAUGCAGCUUGGAUCAGUCUAUGCUGAAUGGUGCAGUGACAAAAGUUUCUGAACUAUGGACACGUUAUAACAGUCUUCGAGAAAGUUGCAUUAGAAUUUCUGCUGAAACUGAAAAGCUUGUCAAAGGUUGUAGAACUUUCCACAAACUGACCGAAGAAAUGAAUUCCUGGCUGCUAGACCAAAAGGAGACGUUUAUGGGAUUUAAUCGGGACACAUCUACCUCGGACUGUCAUGACAUACAUGAAUUGACUGAUCGACUUGCGAAUCGUGCCAAUGCUUUCCACCGAUUCUAUGUGGAAUUUAAUUCAAUUGGUGAGCGCCGCCUAGCCGACUGUUCCUCAUGCGCCACAGACAUCUUGACUAUUGCCAGGUCAAUCGACAUGCCACUUCUACAAGAUGGCUCUUCAAAGGUCCACAACCAAGAGACUCUUAUUGCAGAACUGCGCAAACGCUUCCAAUCACUACAUGCACAGGCCACAAAGUGGAAGGAUGAAAUCUCUUCCUUGCUGAUUUCUCUCACCGCCUAUGACGAGCUGUUUAUGCGUCUCCACACUUGGGUGUCUUCAGUCACUAAAGAGGUGGCUGAAGAAGGAGCUGAAGAUGCCGCAAAAGAGAUGCAACUCUGGUCUACACCUUCCAGCUAUUUGACGAUUCGAUCGAGCCAUAUUCUUUCCCAACUUGCUCAGAGUCAUGAACGCGCGGAACAGCUUGGCGAGAAACAGGCUCAUUUGGACAUCCUGCUGUCUCGUUCAAGUAAACUUUUGGAUGACUGGGCUUCCUCAGAAAUAACCCGCUUUGCAGCUCAAAAGGCUGGAACUCUAUCACGUCGCUUUGUAGAACUCACGAUACAGGUCAAGAAGCAGAUAGAACAGAAGUCGAUGACUCUGAGGAACAUAGAACGACUUCAAGAGGCACGCAAUGCGUAUAAUGUGUGGGAAAAGGAUGUUCGGGGUAAAUUUGCACGUACCUGCCAAGAGGAGAACUCGGUUGAGGUACUAGCAGGCGCAAAGAGAGUGGCCAAGUCGUUGGAUAUGGGUGAUGUGCUGCUGGAGUCGUGUAGACAGUGGGCUCUUAGUGUACAGUCAGAUGCGUUAGGGUCUAAGGCUGUUGAUCCCUCUCUGGCGCAAGAUCUUAUGACCAGUUAUGAAACCCUGAAAAGUAUGAUAUUACAAAAAAUUGAAAAUGUUGAAAAACACUUGGCAAACCAGCGAGUUAAACAGCUGACCAUUGCUUCCUUGUCUUCCUGGCUUGAAGCCGCUGAGCAGAGACUUCAAGCUAUCAUUUCUUCCAUCUACACACCUCCUCAAACAAUUGUGAAAAGCGCUUCCUUCGUCUCUAUUAUGACCUUUCAUGAACAAGUAGUUGAUACCGCCUUGUCCGAACUUCGUAGUCUGCAAUCUGCGUGUACAAGUGAGAUGAGUGUUGAAGAUGAUUAUCAACUUUCGUCCCGUCUCUACGCUUUUAAAGUGAGGUUAGCACAAUGCAUUGAUGAAGUGCAGGUGAGAGCUAAAAACUUUAAUGCAUAUAGAGAGGCUAGCGAACUGGUUUCGAUUCGUCAGAAGCUGACGCUGGAGAGGUAUUAUCAGAUUACUGGUGAAGGUAGCACAGUCCCCGAGACAGCAUCUCAACUCGCAGAUUCUUCCACUGCAAUGCUUGAGGCUCUCCUCUCACCCUAUGAUGCAGAACGUCGUCUCACCGUUCUCCAAGGUAUUAAUGACGAACUCGUUAUUGACAGUCGUCAACUGCUGGAAACGAUGAUUGAGUCGGCAGAUAGAUUGGUUUCAACCGCCAUGGGACGGGAAGCCUUUUUAGUAGAAGUAGUUAGUGAACGAAAUGAAGUGCUGAGCGCAGAACAGGUAAAACUAGAACGCCUAACAAGGAAAGCGAUUGGACUGCUAGAGAGUAUUACUGAAGCGUGGAAAGCAUUCACAAGGAUGGAAGAGGAGUUGAGUGAUUGGCUGACGGAAGUAGAACAGACAUCUGCUCGACCGACAAUUAGGAUGGAAAUGUCGAUCGAGGAGAGGAACCAAACUAUUUUAGAGCUGAAGCAGUACCAAUCCAACCUUAAUAAGAAGGCUGAAGCUAUCGAAAGACAUGUAAACGAAGGUGAACGCAUUAACCGUCAAGUUCCUCAAUUCCAGACAGCUGAAAAGGCUAAACAACUUUCUAACCGUUAUUUUGCUCUCGUGACAUCUGUUCAAGAUCAAAUUAACCAAUAUGAUGAGGAAGUUGCUGAGCUAUCGCGAUUUGAAAACUUACUCGGUGAAAUGUGCACCAAAGUCGAAGAUUGCCGAUCGCUUAUUGAGGAAUGUUGGGUGGAGGAUCGAUCCAAUAGCCAUUUGGAACUGGUUGGAAAACAAAUUAUGAUCAAGAAAAUGCUGAAGGAGGUGGUGGACCUAAAAAACUCCCCCCAAUUGGAAGAUUUGUUAUGUCGCACGGAACCCGAGAAGGCGUUUGCUUCCACCGCUUUGGGACUCGAUUUCAGACGACGGGUCGACGAAGUGUCCACCUUCUUGGAGGAGGCUAGUCAUCGGCUGGAACAAGCCUUGACUUUUGUUGCCACGCGGCUGGAGACAUGGAGGGUCUGGUCUUCAGUGGCAAAGAAGUUAGGUGAAGAAUUGGGGGAGAUUGACUCCUCCUUCAAGGAUAUUUUGAAGGAGACAAAGAGUUCUACCUCCUCCAAUCCUGAUGAUGUACUUAAAAAUAGACGGGAGGCAAUCGACCGACUUCAAGAGCUGCACAUGUCUCUUGUCUCAAAGAAGCCUGAUUUUAACGAGCUUAAACGACUAAUGAAAGGCGUUGAUUGUGAAGUGUUGGAUCCUUUGCUCUAUCGCCAAUCCAGAGAAGUUUGUUCAAGAAGUAAGACUCUAAUCUCUGACAUUCAGGUCAAUGCAGCAGAUCAGUGGUUCUUGAGCGCCUCCGUGAAACUUACGGCUCUCAAUAACGCCAAUCCGGACGGUCCGAAGGCAACGAAAUUCCUGAUACGAAGUUGUGAGGCGUUUGUCGCCGAAGUUUCUCAUUUCGUGACCGAUCAACUCAAGCCACUAAUUGCUGAAGGUCAGGAUAUUAUGGUCUCGAAUAAAAACAAAAAAAUGAGGCAAGGGAAGAAGGUCAAGGUGGAACCAACGGGUUUUGAAGAUGCACCUCAGCAUUUGCUUAGUCAAUUGAAAGCCAUGGAAGAUGAGACAGAAGGCCUUGUCCAGGUUGUCAAUGCCAUUAUGGUGAAUCUUCGCACCAAGAUCAAGGAGUGGGAGUCACUCCUACUUAUUGUUGAAAGCGACGAGACCUACUUGCAAGUGACCUUAGCACAUUGGUGGAGUGAAUAUGUGGAACAGGCGGAAGAACAUCUUCCUCAAGAUCAAUGUCCCAUGACUUUGUCUCUGCGUCUGAAAAUGAUCCAACAACCUGAGCUCGUAUUGGAAGACGUUGUAAACCAGAUAAAGGAGGUUGAAAAACGACGGAUUCAACUGGAGAACUCGAUCACCAAAGUAUCAACCCCAUGGACUCCGGUGGAAACUCCACUCACCAUUAAGCGGCGUUUGAAACGUUAUGGAGUGGAUGAGAGCGAGCUGACCUCGGAGUCGCUUGGUGCGGAUGAACCUCAAACCAGUGGAAGUAAAUUGCGAAAACGCGUUGAGGUUCUUCUGAAGGCCUACGAAACCGAGAUGGAGAAGAUGAGGACAUUCAAUGAGAAGUUGAACAAUUGGAAAACUCUUUGGGACCAGCAAUUGCUUUGUGAGGCCGAGGUCGCAGAUUGGAUCCAGAUGAAGGAGACUGAAGCCAACAGCCUCUUUGGAGGUCGUGGCCAGGACACGCUGGAUCUAGGCACAUCGGUAUUGAAAAAACUUCGUAACGAAUUGAUCGCCAAGCGUGAGAUGAUCGACGAAAUGGCGACUUGGCGCCAGGAUAUUUUGUGUCUGCCGCAGCAAGAGAAUGACCCAAUUAAUGAAUUGAAUUGCAAAGUUGAUGCUCUGGUGCACCGAAUUGGAAAGAGGAUUAAAAUGCACGCAAAUUUUAUCAAUCAGGCAAAGGAAGCCUCGCAAGUAAAGGCUGAGAUACAGAGUGAUCUGGAGAGAAUGGUCCAACGCCUAUCGAACCCACGACUGUUGGCACUUCAGGGUCAUUCAACACUUUACCUCCGCAGUCCUCGUGCUCAAAAUUCCCUUCGGACAGCUUACAGCACCUCCGUAAUUCCUCAAAGUAUUCCCUCCCCUCUUGUAGUUCAAGUUCCUUCCAGUCCCGUUGUGGGCUCUCUCGAAUGGCUUUGGUACUCCCCCACUAGCGUACUUGACCAAGUCUCCGGUCCAUUAAGCCCUGCACGCACUCCCUUACCGAUCCCCACCUCUCCCAGUCCUCCCCGCCUCCCAAUCAAGCCAAAUCGCGCAGGUCGCGGAAGUCUUCUCGUUCGGUCGACUCCCCUAAUCAACAUCAAACGCGAGGCUGACAUCCAUUCGCAUCACAGUUUCGUCUUAAGUCGGUUCGCUGACAUAAGAAUGGAUGACGAAUCCCAUUCCCCCACUUUUGCAUCUACCACCUCCAUUACACCACCCCUACCACCGCCCCCAUUGCUCCUCGGCCGAUCGGUACCAUUCCAUCGUCGGAGCAUGUGGCGAAGAUGGUGGAGCCUUCAAGCUCACUCCUUCCCUGAGUCAAGCUUCAUGAAAAAAAGUGGGGGCUCCUCCUCUUGUGCAGACCUUAUGCCUAGUAGACAGACCGGAGUAGUACUUACAUCCAGAUCUAGCGCCCUCUGUGCUACCAGCGACAUCGCGAGACGACGACGUAGACGAAAGCUGGAGCAGAGGAGACAAAAGAACGAGGAUGCUAGCGACUGA